AUGAUCAACGUCAAUUCCUCUCAAGACUCUGUGUUCAAGGUCCUCUCCGGCCUUGAGUCCCAGCUGAGGCUUGUCGAGAUUGCUCUACGUACAAGUAGCUCCGCAAGCCCUGGCCCUUCCAGUGGACGCGAAGAGGACGAUCGCGCCACCCAACAUCUCCAACACUUUGUUCAGGUGGCAAAGAACUUCCACUCGAGCGCCAGUACCAUUCUGAGAGAGGGCCCUAGAAGCACAAACAUCAAGAUCGAGAGAUGGAUACCUUCACCCGUUGAUGAAGAGCCCGACCCCGACUCGGACAUUGAAACCGAGUUUGCCAGAAGAUUUGAAGAACUCGCGAUCAAGAAUGAGGCCAACGGGGAUCACGCAAAAGCAGAACAAUUCUACAGAGGUGCCAUCGAGCACGGCGAAUCGAGUUCAAGACCUGUAAGCGACAUCACUGCUAUGAAGAUACGACUAGCAUAUGCAUGCAUGCGGCAGGAAAAGUGGACAGAAGCAGACGAAAUCAUAUCUCCAAUUGCCUUUGAGAGAAAGACAAACGAUAUACUCGUGUAUCACGGAACGCACGCCUUGGCUCUUGCUUAUCUAGAUAACUCCAAGCUUGAGGAAGCCGAAAGGUGUUGCAAACGUGCUCUUUGGGGCAAGAGAAAAGUUUUUGGUAAGGAUCAUUGGAGAUGCUGGGAGACCCUGGAUUUGCUUGUGCGCAUCUGCAAGGCAAGAAGCAAGAUGAUGGAAGCAGAGGUCCAUCAAAGUUUUAUCCCGAGCCACGCGACUAUUGCGACUGAUCAAGGAGCCUUGGAUUAUCUGGACCGUUCAGUUGGGAGCUUGAACAGGCCAAGUAACGAUGGUGACACAGUCUCACAAACUCGACAGCCAUUGGAUUUCCAGCAGGAGUAUCCUCAGGGCCAACCAUACAAUACGGCCGCUUCUGGCCCAGUACCAUCUGCAGGUAGAUCCCAGUACCCCAAAACCUUCGGUUCUCAGUACACAAGUCCAUCAACACCGAAUAGUCAUCAAGGAAUGAUUCAAUAUCCGAUACAGCAUAGGCAAACAAGGUCAAACGGAGAGUCAUCUUCAACCCCUGCCAUCUCUCGAAAGGCUAUCGGACAACCAGAUCCGAUCUUAUCUACGAUGCAUCGCCCCGAAAAUGGUGCGAAUACCAGUGUCGCAUACGUAGUCAACGACCUUAAGAACCCGAUAUCAGAGCUACUCAGGGAGUGGCCUGGUGCUGGCUGCUACAGCAAAUCAUUGGUUCCCACUGUUAUUUAUUAUGAUCUGUACAAUAAGGUAGUUGGCUGGGGCCACGAUAUUGCUAACGCCGUUGGGCCGACUGGACAUCCGAAGUCAGGUGUCCAGAAGGUUGAACGUCUGCCUCUGUUCUUGGUCCAAGAGACAGAAGAGUAUAUUCCGCUUCCCGGCAUUCCUCCUGGCUUCAACGCUGUAGAUGUCUCAGCAGAUUUUCUCUAUGAGGUCAGGCGUGCCCUUGGAACUCAAUUGCAGCAACGCAUAGGACUCAAAUUCUUAGAGAACGAGCAGAGCAUCCAUUGGAUUCUCACCUCGUCAGAGAUUUGGGCAGAUAAAGACAAAACGUUAUGGAAACUUCUGAAAGCAUCGCCCUUUUUUGCUUCUCAGCUUAUGUCGAGUAAGAAUCUAGGGCCUGCUCUGAUAGCACAAAACUUUGCUGACAUAGCGCGGACUAGAGUCCGCCGCAUGCGACUUCCGGAUGGUUCCAGAAUAGCUAACAAAGUCUAUACAAAGUGCGUCAGUGAGUUUGAGCAACGCAUCAUGUCAGAGUUCAGAAACAACGGACAAGAAUGGGAUAUCGAUGUUGCAAUCGAAACAGAAUUCCUGGAGGCAGGGAUCAAGGGUGGUUAUAUGACUUACACAAAUGGCGAAAUCCUGUCUUGCUUCCAGCCCGUCCUGGAUGACAUUAUUGCCAUGAUGGCUUAUACAAUAGGAGAAGUUCUCAAAUCUAGCAAUAGUAUUGAGGGGAUUAUACUUGGAGGAGAGUUCUGUACAUCGGAGUACUUGCUACGAGAAAUCAAGUUGAAACUACCUGAGAACCUCCGACACAAGGUCUAUCCCCCUAUGGAGCCUGCAACUCAAGUUGCGACAGGUGCAGCCCAUUUGGAAUUUUGUCGUUAUUUGGCUAGAGGUCAGCGAUAUGUUCAAUCAUGA